CCGAGCAGAGAGACAGAGAAACAGACGGAGAGUACGACACUAGAACCGACACCGGAAUAAACACCGCACUCACGUCACCACGCCGCGCGCACACCGCAGAAGAGCUCACGCGCACACCGGAGGAUGACGGAGUGACGGAUCGAGGGAUUAUGCUCGGCGCAGGAUCGGUGUGCUCGCGCUGCGCAGUUGGACAGGUGUGUUACCUGUGGCGGGCUUCCCGCUUUCUCCUUCCGGCUGCGAUAAGAACCACGCCACGCGAGCGCCAGUUUAUUCCGGGUUGAAGGUGCGGCUCGGGUUCGGACAGCGGCAGCAGGAGGAGGACGGGACAUAUCGCCUCCGUUAACACCGACAGCACAGGCGCGAGACAAUCGGGCCUGUGUUAGUGACAAACACCCUUUAUUAUCGUGCCUCUGACGCAGCGCGGAACCGGACACUGCCGGAACCAGACCGGACCAUGGAGGUGUCACAGCAGGACCCCGAGCACCAUCAUCAUCAUCCUCCUCCUCCUCUUCCUCUUCCUCCUCCUCCACCGGAGAACGGCUUCGUGACACCGGAAGCACCGUCUCCGGGGCUGAUGCUGUCGCGCGUGGACGGCUGCGUGCUGCCUUUCCUGGGUGGGUUCGGUCGGUACCAGAAGCAGCUCGUGGUGCUCACAUGGAUCCCGGCUCUGUUUAUCGGCUUCAGCCAGUUCUCUGACUACUUCCUGCUCGCGCAACCGAACAGCACCUGCCUACGGACCGUUAACGGUACCAUCGUAACCGAGCACGAGACCACCACCGCCAUAACCGCCGCAAUGGCCACCGCCAUGACCUCCUCCGCUCCGUUUUUCACUCACGCGCUUCACACCCCGGCCGAGAGUAACGAGAGCGCGCGAGCCUUAGAACAUUGCGCGUGCGAGAAUGGGACAUGGAGGCACGAGAUGCUGUCGGGACUCAAACAGAAUGUGGUGACCAAGUGGAAUCUGGUGUGUGAUUCUGCCUGGAAGGUCCACAUCGCGAAGUUCUCCCUGCUGGUUGGCUCCAUAUUUGGAUACCUGGUUCUUGGAGUGCUGGCUGAUUGGUUUGGGCGUCACACAGUACUGGUGGUAUCGGUCUUCUUCACCCUUGUGUUUGGGAUUUCUGUGGCCUUCUCCGUUAAUGUCACCAUGUUUAGCACACUCCGCUUCUUUGAGGGCUUCUGGCUGGCGGGGAUCGCUCUCUCCCUCUACGUCCUGAGAGUUGAGCUGUGUCUGCCCGGCUGGCGUUUCUCCAUGACCAUGGUUGCUAACUUUGUGGCGUUAGCAGGGCAGCUGAUAAUGCCAGGUCUUGCUGCUGUGUGCUCUGAUUGGAAGAUCCUGCAAGCUGUCAUCAUCUGCCCCCUGUCACUAAUGCUGUCAUACAUAUGGUUAUUUCCAGAGUCUCUGCGCUGGCUGUUAGCGACGCAGCAGUACACUCGGUCCAAAUGGCUUAUUGAGCGCAUCGCUAAGAAAAACAACACAAACGUGGACACACAUGAGCUAAUCACAGAGCUGAACAGAGUUUUGGAGAAACCACCAAGGAAGACAUGUAUAGUGAAGAUGGUGGGCACAAGGAACCUGUGGAAGAACAUUGUGGUGCUGUGUGUUAACUCGUUAACUGGUUAUGGAAUCCAUCACUGUUUUGCACGCAGUAUGAUGGAUCAGGAUCAGGAGCGCAUCACCAUGUUCCACGACUUCUAUGCUGAUUAUUAUACAAUGGCAGGAAUCGCUGUGGCAACUGGCCUUGCGCUGUGUCCAGCAGUGGGAAUUAUGGGACGUCGGGGGGGUUUACUAAUGUUCAUGAUCAUCACUGCACUGGCAUCGUUACUGCAGCUCGGCCUGCUCAACUUGGUUGGAAAAUAUAGCGUCCAGCUUAAGAUCGAGUCAGAAACUCUGAAGUCAGACUUCCACGUGGCAUUCUCCAUCAUAGGCAUGUUCUCCUCUCAGGCUGUCAGUAAUCUGAGCAUCUUUUUCUGUGCAGAAAUCACCCCCACUGUCAUCAGGGGCGGAGGUCUGGGUCUGGUGUUAGCGAGCGCUGGGUUUGGGAUGCUAACGGCACCCAUCAUGGAGCUACAUAAUCAGAAAGGCUACUUCCUGCACCAUGUGAUCUUUGCCUGCUGCACACUCAUCUGCAUCAUCUGCAUCCUGCUGCUCCCCGAGUCGCGCCACCAGCCCCUACCAGAGUCUCUGUCCGAGGGGGAGGGCUACACCCGCCACCCCCUGCUGCCCCCCCAUAAGAAACCUGCUGAACAGCUACACCUGCUGCCCGGUCCCCAUGGCCGCAACUACGCCAAUGACGAACACCCUAACGACCGCGCUAAUGACUUCUCCAAUGUCAGAGACACGCCUCUGCGAGAGGUGGCUGUCUCCACUGUUGAGUCCACCGCCUCCUCCACCAUCGGCCCUGAUGAAUACCCUGGUGAGGAACCUGCUGCUGAACUUGAUGCUGUGCGCCUUAGUGUCCUCAGGCAUCUCGACAACUCAAUACCUUCAGCAACAGAUUCACUACCCGAUCUUAUUGCCAAUGCCUCACCCCCUGAUGCCUCUGAAACCCCGCCCUCACAUCAAACUAGCACCUCCCCAGACAUGCUAGACCAUGAAACCCCACCAAUUAUGGACAAUGAUGUCACCAAGUCUCCAGAACCUGUGUCUGUGGAACUUCCUGAACUCAUAUGCCCACCCACUACACAUUUAGCUCCACCUGCACUUUCACUCUGCCCCCCUCCAUCCAUCUCCUCUCCUAUAGACUCUGAUCCUCUGCUGUCCCCACCCCCUCAGACAGGCUCCACCCCUUCAGAGCCUUCUUCACCAGCCAUUUUAGAUGAAACUGUGUUACGUUCAUUACCUCUGACUGUGACAGAUCCAGUCCCACCCUUUAAAAUGGACUCGACCACUUCCUCUCCCAUAGACUCAGCUGUGGACUGUACCAUCAGCACUGCUAACGGGGGAGCAUCAUCCUGACGGGUGUUGACAUGGUGGGAAUGUUUCUCAAAUCCUUUGCUUCUGCCUGCUUUCCUCAAGCUGGUACAAAGCGAUUUACUGAUCUUAACAAAAGGGAGGAGAAUGACAGCAGACGGGAGCUUUAAUGGGUGCUGACUGGAACAAAACAGGAGUCCCUUCACUGCUGCUGAGUGACCGUGAAGUGAACAACUCUCAGUAGUGAAACUUUAACAUUUUACUGACUAAUUACGAGAAAUGGCAGAUGUGGAAUUGGCCACACCCCAAAUCACUGGAAACUAGUUUUAAUGUACUUUUUAUUAGUGUGCUUUGUAAAAAAAAAAAAAAAAAAAAAAGUGCUAAACGAGACAUGCCCAAAAGGGAACUUUUUGUCUUUUGCCACAGCCGCUAACUGUAUGUGUGUGUGUGUGUGUGUGUGUGUGUGUGCAGUGCCAAGCCUGAAAGUCUCAAAACCAUCAAACCCCUGAUCACUUAACCCUCAGGAGUGAAACUCUGAGCCCUAAUCACUAAACCCUCACAGUGGUUAUCAGCUGUGUGGUUAAUGUGUUACAGUAGACUGGCCGGAGUACCUGAAAGAUCCAGACACAGAAUGGACGAUAAGAAGCCUGUCCAGGUUUCGUCAGGCUUCAAGAGGAGUUUAUCCAGUCCCAUGGCUGGAUAUCAUCUGAGAGGAAGAGAUCAAAAACAGAAGAGUUUAUAUUUCCUGUGCUCUGAUUAGCAAAGCAAUGUCUUGUUAAAAAGUUAAUGAAAAGAAUGUUAAAAGAUGAGCAGACAGAAGAGUUUUUACUUUAAUACAGGACUCUGAUGUGUUUAUUAACUCUGGAGUCUUCAGGUUCCUCCUCCGUCUCUGUGACACUUUUAAUUCAUUCAGUAAUCCCUUCAUCCUGCUCACUUAUGCUCACUGACAAUAUUCAUUUGUUGGAUUUUGAAGAAAGUUUUGUUAGAAAACAUUAAUAACAGAAAUAAUAACAGUGAUAUUGAGUGUGAAUGGAAUUUCAGAGAACAGGCCACAAGUUUAAAGUGUUCUCACUAAGCACCAGUGAGAAAUUCCGUACUCUGACCACUAAACCCUAAUCCCCUGACUCUCUCCACUAAACCCUAAUCCCCUGAGUCUGACCACUAAACCCUAAUCCCCUGAGUCUGACCACUAAACCCUAAUCCCCUGAGUCUGACCACUAAACCCUAAUCCCCUGAGUCUGACCACUAAACCCUAAUCCCCUGAGUCUGACCACUAAACCCUAAUCCACUGAGUCUGACUACUAAACCCUAAUCCCCUGACUCUCUCCACUAAACCCUAAUCCCCUGACUCUCUCCACUAAACCCUAAUCCCCUUACUCUCUCCACUAAACCCUAAUCCCCUGACUCUCUCCACUAAACCCUAAUCCCCUGAGUCUGACCACUAAACCCUAAUCCCCUGACUCUGACCACUAAACCCUAAUCCCCUGACUCUGACCACUAAACCCUAAUCCCCUGACUCUGACCACUAAACCCUAAUCCCCUGACUCUGACCACUAAACCCUAAUCCCCUGACUCUGACCACUAAACCCUAAUCCCCUGACUCUGACCACUAAACCCUAAUCCCCUGACUCUCCACUAAACCCUAAACCCCUGACUCUGACCACUAAACCCUAAACCCCUGACUCUCCACUAAACCCUAAACCCCUGACUCUGACCACUAAACCCUAAACCCCUGACUCUGACCACUAAACCCUAAACCCCUGACUCUCCACUAAACCUUAAACCCCUGAGUCUGACCACUAAACCCUAAACCCCUGAGUCUGACCAGUAAACCCUAAAGCCCUGACCCCUCUUUUAGAAUUGGGGGUCACCUUAAUGAAAUAGGCAAAGCCUUGUUGUUUAGGUGACCUCUUUGGUGAAUGAGAUUCAGGGCAGAUGCACACACUACUGAUGAAGGGUUAGUAAAUAAUGGAGUUAGCCCUGAGCCCUAAACCCUGAACCCUAAACCCUGAGCCCUGAGCCCUUUGUUGACAAGGAAGGGAUACUGAAAUGCAACAGAGUGAGACUCCUUGUGCAGGUUAAGAUGUGUGUGUGUGUGUGUGUGUGUGUGUGUGUGUAGUGUCAGGAUGUUUCUGUCUAUAUCACACUUUAUCACCAUGGCAACAAAGCAUGUAAACAUGAUGUUGAAGAAGCUAAAGUGAACUAAUGUAAACACACUCAAUGAUGUAAGAGAAGAGUGUUGUGGCUUUGGUGUUUUUUUUUUU